AUGCUCUCGUCAGGAAGAGACACCCAAGGCCCAGUUGACGGUGACGUUAGCACUGAGAUACACAAUGACACAUACGACGCCAUUUCGCCAUCCAACUUCAAUUUCGACGGUGUAGCAGUCCUCAUCACUGGCGCAAGUCGAGGGCUUGGCCUCGCCAUGGCCAUCUCGUUUGCCAAAGCAGGCGCAUCUCACAUCGCCAUUGGAGCACGCUCUGACCUUUCCAGUUCUUCGGCCUCGAUUAUUGACGCUGCUUCCAAAGCAGGCCGUAAGCGACCAACGGUCCUGGAACUCAACAUGGAUGUCUCAGAUCCUGCCAGUGUAGAUGGCGCAGCUGCAAGGAUCCGCUCCGAAUUCGGUCGUCUAGACAUUGUGGUCAAUAGCGCUGGGAUCCUCGCAGGCGAUGGGAACAUUGUUGAUAGUGAUCAUGAGGAGUGGGCGCGGAACUUUGACAUCAACACCAAGGGGCUGUAUUUAGUCUUGCAUGCGUUCAUUCCGCUGUUGCUAAGUUCCGAAGGCAAGAAGACUGUCGUCAACGUCAGUAGCAUCGGUGCGCAUUGCGUCUCGCCGACCUUGAGUGGAUAUCAGAUCAGCAAGCUGGCCACCCUUCGAUUAGCCGAAUUUGCUACCGCGGAGUAUGGAGACAAAGGAUUGUUGGUGUACUCCAUACAUCCAGGCAGUGUAGCCACCGAUAUGGUGUUGCAACAGUGGCCUCAAUCUCCAGAACUAAGUAAAGCGUUUGCUGAUAAACCAGAACUAGCAGGUGACUCUAUUGUUUACUUGACAUCUGAGAAGAGAGAUUGGCUGGCUGGUCGAUAUAUCAAUGUGACACGAGAUCUCCCCAAACUAAUAGAGAAGAAAGAAUGGAUCGUACAAGGAGAUAGGCUUAAGGUUAAAUUAAGUAUUUAG